UUUAAAAAAACUACCAUUUGUAUUGAUUUUCCGUGCUUUUCGUCCCACUGACUUUUUCCCAGGGAAAAUCAAUUAAUUUAUUAAUAAACCACCCUGAUAGUGCGAAGGACGAACGAGAGUGAAAAAUGAGUGCCAUAGCGGAUCAAGAGUGCCAUGUCAAAGAAAGUUUAUUUCAAUUUAUUGAGAAAAACAUCCCCUCUGCGGAUGUUUCGGCUAUUGAUGAUAUUGUACUGGCCUAUGUUAUUUCCAUCCUUGAAGCGGCUUCACAGGAUCCCUGUUUCGACGUAGAAGGAUUUAUCGAAAUGAUGGCGGCUUACAUCCCGAAGUUCGCGGUCAUCGAUCCCGGUCUCGUCUGCUCCUGGAUCUUGGAGCUGGAGGCUGAAGUGUCUCGCCAGGAUGAAUCGGACACCAUGUCCAAUAAUGAUGAUUCUUCUGGCAGUGACAAGAUAAGCCUCAAUCUUCAGAGCUUGAGUGACAUGCUACCUACUGUCACUAAGACGAGCCGCUCUCAUUCCAAUUCUGAGAGCUCCGAGGGGAAUGAGCGUCGCUCGUUUCUUGAUGGAGAAGAGUACGCCGAGCAGUGUCGCGUGUUGCACGAGAUGUUUCCCAACACUUGUGCUAUGGAGAUAAAGCACUGCGUGUCGAUCGCCUGCGGCGACCCCGAGCGGGCGGCCGCCACGCUGCUGCACCGGCGCGAGCACGGCCAGGCGCUGUCCGCCGUCGCGCUGCACGCGGCCGCGCGGGCUCCGCUCUGCGACGACCGCGAGAUCAAGAGCCGCAUCAUCGCCAGAUAUUCCUACGUGGACAAGAACUCUGAUACCAAGGAGCACAAGCCGCUGGCUCCUAAGAUCGAGCCCAAGAAGAUGGUCCGCUAUCGCGACAAUAAGAUCGUCUCUCUGAAGGGCGAGCGGUACACUGAGGUGCCGAAGUCCGGUGUCGACGAGGAAAAUGUAAAGAAACCGAAAAAACAGCAUUGCCCUUAA